CGUGUUUUUAAAAGAAUAUUUUGUUUUCACCUUUUAACCUCUAAAAAUAAUGAAUAGAUUUGAAUACGCUGAUUCUCGGCUUUUUCCAAAUGAAAUUUAUGUGAGACGUGAUAUUGGCAUAUGCUUAUAUGACGGUGAUGUCAAGACAAAUUUUGAAAGUGGUGAAUUAGUACUUACCAGUCACAGAUUUCUUUGGGGAAGACCUGGUGAUAUAUCACGUGGUUAUAAAUGCCUUUCGUUAUCUCUUUCUCAUAUAGUUUUCUUUGAGGAAGAGACUCCUGGACUGUUUUCCUUUGGACGUAGUAAAAAACUUAUUAUACAACUUUCUGAAGCUCCAAUUGAUAAAAUGCCUGGUCCACUAGAUAAUAGCAUACAUAACUAUAUUAAAUUAUCAUUCAAAGAAGGUUUAGAUCCAAAUUAUCAUACACAUUUGUCUGAUGCUCUUCAAAGGCGAAUUUGGGAAUUAACACCUAUCAUGCCUUUAAAUCAUCCUAAUAUUAACAUAAGAAAUAGUGGAGACAUAAGUAAACCUCUGCCACAAAUAAAAACACGAACUGGUAUCAUAGGUAUUGAAAGAAGCCUCCAGGAACAGCAAAAGGCAACAGAUGAAAGUAUAUCAAUGGCUUUUCAAGAUUUGAAGAAACUCAUAGAAAUGGCUAAAGACAUGGUUUCCAUUUCCAAAACAAUCUCAGCAAAAAUACGGGAGAGACAAGGAGAUAUCACAGAAGAUGAAACAGUCAGAUUUAAAUCCUACUUAAUGAGCCUUGGCAUCGAUGACCCUGUUACCAGAGAUACAUACAAGAACAGUAAUGAAUAUUUCAAGCAAUUGGCAAACCAACUUGCCGAUAUUUUAGAAGAGCCAAUUAAGGAAGUUGGUGGAAUGAUGACAUUAACAGAUGUUUAUUGUCGUGUAAAUAGAGCUAGAGGCUUGGAACUACUGUCACCAGAAGAUUUAUUAAAUGCUAGUAGACAGUUAGCACCUUUGUGUUUGCCUGUAGUAUUAAGAGUAUUCGAUAGUGGAGUUAUGGUUCUUCAAGCUCGGUCACACGAUGAUAAUGCUAUAGUUGAUGUUAUAGCUAACCAAAUAAAAGAAAGAGGAUCUUUAACAGCAGAAGAACUUGCUCGAUCAGAUGGUAUAUCAGUUUUGUUAGCACGUGAAAGGUUGUUGGUUACAGAAAAAAAAGGGAAAGCAUGUAGAGAUGAUACAAUUGAAGCUUUAAGAUUCUACCCUAAUUUAUUUUUGCAAAAGGAUGAUUAAUUUUCUUAC